AUUGCCCUCUGUGACCAGCCCACACGGUGUAGGCCAUGCGUCGGUCCUGACCCGGUCGGUACUUUAUUUUUAUAUAUCUAUAUCUUCCGAGAUGUUGACCAUCGUCGUUCGCAUCAUUUGGCCCACCCUCAUUCGCCCCAGGCCACCUCACUUCGCUUCUGUAACAGAACAUGUCCUCAAGACGCCUUGCCAAUGCAGCGUGAAAAAGCUCGCGACCAUUGAGAUGUUUCCAAGAUUCGAAUUGUGUGCUUAAAACUGGGUUCUCAAGUACGACUGAGUGAGCCUGAUGGGUCUCGUGCUCCAGUCGCUAAUAAGUACACGCAGACAGAAAUAACAAUCUACCACAUCCACACCUUUGACGAAUUCCAAUGUUGAGAAUUAAUAUCGGGUUUGACAGUCAUCCGACGAACAUUAUUACUGCCGUGCACAGCGGGGAGGGAAAGUGGUGUCCCACUACUGUGUGAACAGGUCUCAGAGGUAGCUCUACCAUAGCCGAUUCCGCGGGCCGUUCUCUCACACGAAGGGCUGGGCUGCUCUGCGAGACAUUUGAAUUAAUUAUUCGUCGGGUGACAUUUACGCCGAUAGGACAAUUAGGAUAUCAUGUGGUAACAUUUUUUUUAAAAAUAUGAUCACGUCUUUUUUUGUGGAUCGCAGGGCAUCGGUGGGGGGAAAAGAGCUUCACAGCUCAUCGGAUUUCUUCAGGAUAAAUAAAUAAAGAUUCUGAUUCUGAGCAGAAUCUGCACGAGACGCCUAUCUGUAGGGCAAUGUGGUGCCGCUAGGAGGUGACGGCGAGUUUGUGCCGUGCUAAAUCUGUGCAGGGAUUGAGUAUUAGCCCAUGGUAUGAAUUGCAUUACUUCCAAGCACGCUGGCAGUCUGCCUUAAUUCCUGCAGCAAAAUCACACUACAGCAUCAUAAAUACUGUACUUGUGAAGAGUGGUGGCGCAUUGAUUAGCGCACCACGCUGCUAUCAGUCCGCUGCCAUCAGUUGCGAUUGAUAUGUGAACCGGUCCAGCAUAACACACACUUGACCCACUCGCACAGACCAGCGUGGUGAAGUAUGGUUAACAAACAAAAAAAAACCUCACGAUAAUUAACCUCUACUGUGUUGUAAAUAUUGGGUCCGUGUUAAAACUGAAAACCCUCGCGAUUUCCACAGCUUGGAGAGAGGCAAUUAUUCAGCAGUGGGUUUACCAAAGAGGGGGGGCUACAUUAUCAUUAUUAUACCCGUGUGGCUGCAAUUAUGAAAAAGGCGAUGUCCAAAAAUCCAGAGAAAGAUCCUAUUCGGUGCGAAUCUUGUGAACACUUGCGUGAUGGACAAAGUGUUUAACAUUUUUUUCCACAAUUAACUUGUCGCCCAUGUAACAGUUUGCCCACCUACAGUCGUAUCCUAUUUGGUUCCUUGAUGCACUUUUGUAUGCACGUAUGCAGGCAUUUACCCAGUUUUGAAGUGGGUAGACUGGGAAAACUGGCUUUGGGUCAUAUUCUCACUCACACAGGGGGCAAUGGUAUGCACCCCAAAAGGUUUGUGUGCAAUACGUGGCAAUAGCUUGCGCAACGCAGCAUAGCGAAUGUACACCUUCGUAGCGAGGUGCCGCAUUCCUGUUUCCGGACAUUGUGCAUCGUGUGCUGCUCUUACGCUGGUGUGAAAUAAUUGGGAGUCAUCAUCGGUCAUCCGCCGAGCAUUUGUCGUGUCGGGAUGAUGAUGGAGCCACUUACCAAUGGUCUCAAAGCUGCUGCCCGGCGUUUACCGUUUCCGCACCGAUCCGCGCUCGACACCAUGGGAGACGAGAUGGGGGUUGAGCGGCAGCGCGACCUGGAGGCUGCCAUGGACACCGAACUGCGUGCCCUCGUGCAGGUGUCUGCGCCGCAGGAGAGAGAGGCCAUGCAGCGUGACAUGGAGGACUUUAAGAUGGUCUUUCAGAAGUUCCUGGAGAACCGCCCCUCCCUCGACUGGGAGAAGAUUCAGAAGCUUCCAGAAGGAGCGGUGGAGCCGUACGAGGAUCUGCGGGCACGAGCGCUGCCCUCUGACGUCGCAGCGCUGCUCAACCGUCUGGUGGUCGUGAAGCUCAACGGAGCUUCGGGCUCGCACAUGGGCUUCCAGGGCCCGCACAGCCUCUUGGGCGUCCGCGACGAGAGCACAUUCCUCGACCUGGCCAUUGAGCAGAUAGAGCAUUUGAACGAGGCCUACGACUGCGAUAUUCCGCUCGUGCUCAUGAACUCCUUCCUGACCAAUGAAGAGAUAUUGAAAAUCCUGCAGAAGUACAGCCACCGGAGGGUCAAGAUAAAGACUUUCAUGCAGAGCCGCUACCCGCGCGUCCACAAGGAGACGCUGCUCCCGGCCGCGUCGGCCGACGGCGACGAGGAGCAGCUGCAGGCGCGCCACGACGGCUGGUACCUGCCGGGUCACGGCGACUUCUACGAGAGCUUCCACCGCUCGGGCCUGCUGGACGGCUUCCUGCAGCAGGGCAAGGAGGUCAUGUUCAUCUCCAACAUGGACAACCUGGGCGCCAGCGUGGAUCUGCACAUCCUGCACCAUCUGCUCGAGCCGCUGGCCGGCCGCUCGCGCUGCGAGUUCGUCAUGGAGGUGACGGACAAGACGCGGGCCGACAUGGAGGGUGGGACGCUCAUUCACUACGAGGACAAACUCCGGCUGCUGGAGAUUGCGCAGGUGCCCUCGGCCAACAUCGACGAAUUCCGAUCGGUCUCCAAGUUUAAGAUCUUCAACACCAACAACCUGUGGAUCUCGCUGGAGGCGUGCAAGCGCUUGCAGGAGAGCGGCCGCAUCGAUAUGGAGGUCAUCGCCAACCAGAGGAUGCUGAGCAACGGGCUGAGCGUCAUCCAGCUGGAGCGUGCCGUGGGCGCGGCGAUGAAGUGCUUCGACAACGCGCUGGGCAUCAACGUGCCUCGCUCGCGCUUUCUGCCCGUCAAGAAGACUGCCGACCUGCUGCUCGUGCAGUCCAACCUAUACACGCUGCGCGGGGGCGCCGUGCGGCUCAGCGAGCGCCGCGAGUUCCCCACCGUCCCGCUCGUCAAGCUCGGGGACGAGUUCACAAAGGUGCAGGAUUUCCUCAGGAGGUUCGCCAGCAUCCCCGACAUCCUGGAGCUCGACCACCUCACCGUAUCUGGGAACGUGACCUUCGGGAAGAACGUUGUGCUCAAGGGUACGGUGAUCAUCAUCGCAAACCACGGAGACAAGAUCGCCAUCCCGUCUGGCUCCAUCCUCGAAAACAAAAUUAUCUCUGGAAAUCUGAGCGUUCUAGAUCACUAGCGGUCUUCUAAGCCUCCUGCAUGCCACCACUGCGAGAAAUAAGAAGAUACCCUAAAAUAGACAAACCCUUCAAUGAGUUCACGUUGCUUUGCAAAAUGCGUACCUCGGUUCUGUAUCUUGAUCUACCCGAUGUGAAUUCAGGGCGAUGUUACUGAAAAAAGUGUACUCUGUCGGGAGAUAUCUUGAGGCCCGAGAGCAUGUCCUAUCUUAUGCGAAUCAUUGACAUCACUUCUCAUGUGAAUGAUUUAUAGAACAAUGCAUUCAUUUGGGUUGCUGCGAUGUGGGGAAACUACUGAACCGUUUAAAUGGCGCUUUACCAUUUUUUUUCCGGAGAGAUAAAUGGCGUGCUAAUUGUAUGCCGUCAACAUUUGCCCAGUUAAUUUUUAUUAUAUUAUUGUUUGUGUUACUUGAUGGUUUGCGUGUAUUGAACACAGAUUGUAAAAUUUCAAUGAUUAGAAAACUGUUAAGUGAAUUGCAGUAAAAAAAAACUUGUAAGUAAUCUUUAUUUGAAAAGGCAAAAAUUUGACGUGAAAUACAAAGUCAUGAAAGCUGAUAUCACGGUAAUUGUCACAUCAUGAAACAUGAUAUUCCUGCUACCCCUAUGUUUAUGAAUUUGACCUCAAGGCUGUCUGUGGUUACAUUAACGGAUUCCAAAACCUCAAACUACCUGGACAAGAAUUGGCGAGGCUUGCUGAAUUUCUGUACAUUGUCCAGCUGAAAGUCCGAGCACAUUUGCUGACAAGGCAGUUCAAACUUCGUGCAUUCUGUGAUGUCGCAAUGGGGGAUGUUGGCAGAAUAGCCUCUGGAGAGGCCCUCCAGAGCUCCUUCCAUUGGAGGGCCUUCCGCCAGCAGUGGCAUGAGGAAGCAAUUGCAGGGCUGCACCUUUACCGUUGAUGCAAUGGAAAAUUAAUAGCAUGAGAAAGUCACAAGAGCUUAUUGCAUGCAAGUCGGCAACUACAAAUAAUACGUAAAACUUUAAUUAUCUUCUUACAGAUAUUGAUGUAUCUGCCAGAAUAUUAAUUACUGUACACUAGUUUUAGGUUGUCUUAUAAUAAUUAUAAUCCAUUCACUAAAUGCAUCCUGAAUAACCGGUACAAUCAAAAUGCAUUGUUUUCAAGAUAUUGCUCCACUGCUGUUGAUAUGAGAUAUUUCAUGUACUUUGUGAUUGUAGUUGCUAAUGUUCAGCAACAAGUUUUAAACAAAAUAUUACACAAGUUGAGUUAUAUUGUGUGCACAACUUUGUAUGCAUAGAUGUAUGCAAAAAACAUUGCAAUUAACGUGAAAUACAAUGCCUAAUUUUAAAUUGGUUCAUUAAUCAGCUCGUAGAUGUAUACUUAUACUGUCACUGUUCCAGUGGAAAGAGUUAAAAGAACAGUUUUAUACUAACAUAAAGGGGAUUAAAUACCUUAUCUGGCUGCAUUUUCAUUAACUAUUUAUACACAAGCUGUAAAGGUGCAGCCCUACGAUGUCUUGCUUUGCACCACUGCUAGCGGAAGGACUUCGACUGGAGGGGGAGCUCUCGAGACAUGGCUUGAGAGCCCCCCUCCCCUGUCACGAGCAAUAGAGCCACAAAUCAAGUGAAAAAUAUCGAUUGGGGUUAGUUCGAUACUGAUCGUGCAGCGCUAGUUCUUAGGAGAUGGCAGGUGGGCGUUGGCCAGAUCUGGUGGCAUUGAUCUCGGUCCUACUAAAUAUUUAUAUAUACUGGAGGAAUCCGAUGAGUUAUAAAGCUAUUUUUUUCACAAAUGUCCAGUACUCGGAGUAUGAAGCAUUAUAGGGGGCAUUCAUGCGUUUGAGAAUGGUGAUAUCAGACUGAUGUUUACCGAGUAAUCGAACUAACUCUUAAGGUUCUCGGGGUUUGCAAUGCGCAGAAUGUGAUGACUUUAAAGCUAGUUCAUGCUGAACCUUUAUACCUCUUAGUUUUGACAGGAGUUGGCCUUAGUCCACAUAAUAAGCCAGGAUUUCAGGAACACCACAUUAUCAAUGGCAUAAUCCACUAGAAAGCCCAAUGGCAUAAUCCACUAGAAAGCCCAUGUUGCUACUUUCCAUUAAGAGUUCAUGUUGAAAAUACACUCCUCUAUACAAGGUCAAAAAUCAGCAUCAUGGCCAAAGCCGUUAAUGAUGCCACCACUGCACCUCCGAUUAGCACGGUUGGCUACGUACAGUGCGAAAGGAGUUCAACAUACACAGCACCGCGCCAGUGCUUUCUACCCUCAACCAGACCCCGUAGCUGCUGCAUCAGCAGACACGUGACGUGCAUGUUGAACUUCUUUCGCGCCGUAAUCGGAGGUGCCGUGGAAGGACAACAAAUAAAACACAGACCUCCAAGGUCUGCCCGAACAGUAUCCCACCAUUUGUGGGUCUUCGGUCUUCCGCUUCGUUGCCAGACUCGUGGAGACCAACUUAGGUGAUGAUGAAAAUGCACGUGUUUCAUUUGAAAAUAGACGUUUUAACUCUUAAGUUGUGGGAUUGUUUUACUUUCCUCCAUUACGUCCAUUUCUUAUUGAAGCGAAGGGACCGGUUUGUGGACCAUUGAAAUGUAAACAUGUUUAACAUGUCGCUUUGCGGUUGUUGGCAUUGAAAGAGAGUUUGAUUUUGUAGAAUGUUUUGUUGAGCUAGGGUUGUGUGGGUGGCAGUAUCUCCAAAGGCAUGUUUGAUAGUCUUUAUUUUAAUUUACAUUCCAAGACGAUUCUAAACUGUGGAUGCAUAAAAUGCUGUUUUGUUUUCAUGUAUCGUGAUUUAAAGCGAGGGCUUGGCUGUACUCGAGAGCUGAAUGUUAAAUGAAAUGGCUUAUUUUGAAGCCCAUGUCUUUCGUAAUAAUGGAGAAAAAACUUGUUACGGAGUACAACAAUGAAAAAUAAAGUAGGCUUCUAAAGUGUA